CACACUCGUCUUACUCUGACCGCAACACGAGCUCCUUCUCUCUACUCUGAAGAAACUUGAAUUACAUUACCUGCUACUACGCUCGAUUAUCAGAGGGGCCGCUCGAUCAUUGCUACCUAUGACGCCAACGGAUUGGUACGCUUCUUGCUCUUUCUCUGUUCUCUGCCCUUUUGCUUAGCAACUACCUUAGUUUCUGCUCUGCCCAUGGCAGUUUUAAGGAAUUGGGUGUUCAUGGAAGUCAGCGAAAUCAGAGUUCGGUUCCAUAUUGUGCCCAUAUCUUUUAUUAUAAAUACUAUUUCCCGCUUUUAGUUUAUAUCUUGACAAAGUUUCGAGCUUUCAUGCCUGUCUAGAGUUUACCGAGUUACAUUGUCGUUGCAACAACUUCUGCUUGUCCUAUCUAGUCUUGAUGACUGCUAACAGCUAUGUAUUGUGAUGCUGGGUGACAAGAUUUACAUAGGAAUGACCGAAUGUGUGUUAUCUGCUUUCUUUUUAUGGUAAAAUCCGGUACCUGAAUGCAAGUAUAUUGGUCUCUUAAAUCCUGUAACUCCUAAUUUGAAGUAGGAAGAUCUUAAAAUUUAGGCGAAGAGAUUGGCUAUCAAUUGAGUACCUUGAUUGGCUCAAGUAACUGGAAAAAAAUAGAACAUCUCAUUUAACUAAUUUAAUGAUGGAUGCAACCUCUCUAAUCUCUAUCCCCUCUAAGUCCUUGCUUUUGGACUAGAUACUUUGCACGAUGGACCUUUCCGUUCUCGGCAUAUGCUUGUUGCGGAAUCCUCUCACAAGAUUCAGCAAUUCCAGCCAUGUCAGAUUUCUAGUGUUAAAAUGACAAAUUUUGACAGUAAUCAAUAUCAUAUCCACCUGAGAUACGUGAAGAUAAAAUAAGCUUUAUCAUGAUUCAUGAUAGAGAAGCUUUAUCGUUAUUCAUGAUAGAGAAGCUUCUUGAUAAAGCUUUGUUACCUUCACAUGUGACAGAUGGAUUUUGGCUGAGAAUUCAUCCCUGUCUCACUUCGACAUUUUAGUGCUAGGAACUUUGAAAUGGUAAUACCAUACCGUGGAUACUGGCAUCGCAGGGUCUAGUGAAAUUAUUUUGCCACAAGCACAUUCCGAACAAGGCAGUCAGCUUAGACAAUGAGAAUGAUGAGGUUCAUCCCACAAAGUAUCUAUUUCAUAAGCAAGAACUUAGCGGGGAUGAAGAGUGCUCUCUAGAGUCACGUGAUUGUUGAAAAAGGGUGUUCUGGUUAUUCAGUUACCAGGGUACUUGCUUUGAAAAUUAUUAGAUAGCCAACUUCUUGGCCUGAAGUGAUAUUAGACCUGUUGUUCCAUGAUGCCUCAAGAGUUUGCAUAAUUAUGAUUGACUGGUUGUAUGGUGAUGACAAUUCGAGAAAGCAUCAUUCAUACUAUAUAGGUUUCUGAGGUUCUGCUCAUCAAGCUUCAGCCUUCGUGAAGUAGAACUAAGUGGUGCUCGUAUUUGCCUUCUUUAGCAGAGUUAUACCAUAGUGUGUGUUCGCCAAACACGAAGUUUGUCUUUAGUAACAUAGUCAGUUCUCAGCAGCACACUGGCUUUUUGUCUGAUUGAUGUUUGUAUGGAUAGCUAUCCACCAGUUUAUUGCAAUUGCUUGUCUAAACUUCUCUUUUCAUGUGUGCAUUUAUUUAGUACAUCAAUUAGCCAUUUUCAUAAGCUUGUUGCAGUCCUUCCUUUUCGACCUUUGUGCCUCAGACUUUAACAAACAACCAAUUAGGAUUUCACCCCAGCUCAGAUUUAUGUAUUGCUGAUAACCCUUAUGAAAUUUGGAGUCCUAUUUGGAAUUAUCUCGAUUUUAUCUAGUUCGUAGUUUUUAACUUAGAUGUAAUUAUAUUUGGGUGCGUUGAGCUUUGAUAUUUCAUGUUAGUUAUUGUAUAAGAUUGUGCUUGAUGUCAGCCUCAUAGAGGAGAACACAGCUAUUUGUUGUUUAUAUAUAUAACAUCUGGAAAUUUAUCUAGUUAUAAUAUAAGUUUCUUUGGAUAGUAAGAUUUUAAAUAGAAGUAGUAAAUAUAAUUUUCUUUGGAAAAACGUUCGCAAACCUAAGGCAUUUCUGUUUUCUGAGUAAGUUUCAAUUCUCAGCAUUUUCGUAAUUGUGAGCCAACAAAUUAUUAUUGUUUUUGAGUCAGUUUCAAUUCUCAGCAUUUUCGUAAUUGUGAGCCAACAAAUUAUUAUUGUUUCCAAUUCCUGUUCAGCCCUCAAUUCUUCCCUGUUUUUACAGUGAUACCAAGAGGGACUAAACUGGUUAAGAGGCUGGUUGGAGCUUAGAAACCAACUGUAGGUGAGAUGGUGAACAUGAGACGACUCACCAUUAGCCACAAUGCUUACGUUCUUCUUAAGAUACAUCCUCAUAAACUACAGCUCCACCAACAUUUCUCCCCUAGCAUCAGUGGGUUGUCCAAAGUUAGUAACUCAAGCACAUGCUUAACACAUUCUCUUGCCAUAUCAUCCCAGUGGGUUGAUGAGGCUAUAGUAAGCAGACUUGAAUCCAACUUGCAGCAACUAUGUUCUGGAACGUCUAAUCUUGUCAGGCAAGGGAAGCAAGUUCAUGCCCAGUGCGUACUCCAUGGAUUACUUGAUAAUGGGCUGCUGGGGCCAAAGAUCUUGGGGAUGUAUGUUCUCUGUGACAGCUUCAGGGAUGCUGUCAAAAUGUUUUAUAAGGUCCCUUUACAUUAUACCAUGCCUUGGAAUUUGAUGAUCAGAGGACUUAAUAAGCUGGGUCGCUUUGAUUUGGCCUUACUAUUCUACUUCAAAAUGUGGACUUGUGGGGUUUCUCCUGAUAAAUACACAUUCCCUUCUGUAGUGAAAGCCUGUGGUGGGUUGAACAAUGUGGCACUGGGAAAGUUAAUUCAAGAUGAUGUUUUAGACAUGCGUUUUGAUCUGGAUAUGUACAUGGGUAGCGCGUUAGUAAAGCUGUAUGCUGAGAAUGGGCAUCUGCAGGAUGCUCGUCUACUGUUCGAUAGAAUGUCUCAAAAAGAUUGUGUUUUGUGGAACGUGAUGCUUAGCAGUUUCGCAAAAUAUGGGGAGUCGGGUAGCACACUGAAAGCAUUCAAUGAGAUGCGAAAUUCGGGAAUCAUACCAAAUGCAGUUACAUUUUCUUGCGUUCUUUCUGUCUGCUCGGCAGAUGCAAUGAUUCGAUUCGGCUCUUUGAUUCAUGGACUUGCUGUUACUUCUGGGUUACAGUUCGAUCCUCAUGUUGCAAAUACACUAGUCUCCAUGUAUUCUAAAUGCAGAUGGUUGGGUGAUGCACGCAAACUGUUUGAUAGAAUGUUGCAAACUGAUUUGGUUAAGUGGAACUGCAUGAUGGCUGGACUGGUGCAACAUGGGUUUAUGGAAGAGGCUUCAAAUUUGUUCAAGGAGAUGAUAUCUGCAGGCGUUAAACCAGAUGGACGGACAUUUGCAACUUUUCUUCCAUCAGUUACAGACUCCAUGAGUUUCUCGCUUGGAAAGGAAAUUCAUGGCUAUAUAAUUAGGCAUGGUAUAAGUUUGGACGUCUUCUUGAAAAGUGCACUUAUUGACAUUUACUGUAAGUGUAGGAAUGUGGAGAUGGCCUACAAGAUUUAUAGCCAAAGCAGCAGCAUCGAUCUGGUAAUGUCCACGGCUAUGAUCUCAGGGUAUGUGCUAAAUGGCAAGGCCAAUAGUGCUUUAGAAGUGUUUAGGUGGUUGCUACAGGAGAAAAUGAGUCCAAACUCUCUUACAAUGGCAAGCGUCUUACCUGCAUGUGCCAGCUUGGCAGCUCUGAAACUGGGCAAGGAACUGCAUGGCAAAAUCCUGAAGGAUGGGCUAGUAUUAAAAGGUAAUGUUCAUUUAGAAAGUGCUGUUAUGGACAUGUAUGCAAAAUGUGGAAGGUUGGAUCUUGCUCACCAAAUUUUCAGAAGAAUGCAUGUAAAGGAUGCUGUUUGUUGGAACUCCAUAAUCACUAGUUGUACCCAGAACAGCAAACCAGCUGAGGCCAUAGAACUGUUCCGGCAAAUGGGAAAGGAAGAAGGACUAACAUAUAACCGAGUGAGCAUCUCUGCUGCUUUAUCUGCUUGCACAGACUUGUCCUCACUCCAAUAUGGGAAACAGAUACACACCGUUUUAGUCAAGAGCGCAGUUGAUUAUGAUGUGUUUGCCCAAAGUGCAUUGAUAGACAUGUAUGCCAAAUGUGGUAACUUGAAACUCGCUCGGUGCACGUUCGACAACAUGGAAAAUAAAAAUGAGGUUUCAUGGAAUAGCGUCAUUGCUGCUUAUGCUAACCACGGUUGCCUGGAUGAGACUCUUACUUUGUUCCAUGGAAUGUUGGAAACUGGAAUUCAUCCUGAUCAUGUCACAUUUCUUGCUGUAAUAUCUGCUUGUGCGCAUGCUGGCCAAGUAGAUGAUGGAAUUCGAUACUUCCAUUACAUGACUGAAGAAUUUAAGAUCUCUGCUAAGAUGGAACACUACGCUUGCUUAGUUGAUAUGUUUGGCCGUGCUGGUCAGUUGAAUGAAGCAUAUGGUGUCAUAAAGAGCAUGCCUUUCCAACCUGAUGCCGGUGUUUGGGGCACUUUGCUUGGUGCCUCCCGUGUCCAUGGCAAUGUUGAACUUGCUAAAGUGGCUUCAAGUUACCUGCUUGAGUUAGAUCCGAAUAAUUCGGGAUACUACGUACUCCUUGCAAAUGUUCAUGCUGAUGCCAGUCAAUGGAAAAGCAUGCGUAAAAUACGAACAAUGAUGAAAGAAAGAGGAGUUCAGAAAGUGCCUGGUUACAGUUGGGUUGAUGUCGACAAAAGCACUCAUAUGUUUGUUGCUGGUGACGGAAGCCACCCCGAGUCUGCCGAGAUUUAUUCAUUGCUGGAGAACCUCCUUAUUCCAGAGCUCAGAAGAGAGGGUUAUGUCCCUCACCCUUACCUUCCAGUGCAUCCCCAGGUGGUGGCUCUUUGAUGCAGAUUUGUGUUAGUCAAUGAUGCAUCAGGAUUAGGAAUUCAGCAUGCAGGAGAAUCUUGGUGUAUGAAUCAAGAUUAGAAAUUUAGAAUACAGGUGAACAAAUAAUAAAACCAGACACAGUCCAAAGUUUGUAACUUGUUCACCGACUAUUUACUGGGUAACACUGUCUGGAGGAUAGAUUUUGGGUUAGCACUUACAGAUACUACUGCGUGUCUGCGGCCUAAUCUGCAUAGUAUACUGAUCAGUUGUCUCUUGUGACAAGACGAACUAGCCUCUUGUGCCACUAUCUCCAGUUGUUGCUCAGUAUCUUCAUCCGCUUCUGUGAUUGGCUCUCGAGUCCAUGCUUCUCCUUCUUCAUUCAUUCCCCUGGGUCGUUCCUCUCGCCAUCUCAAUGCUUCCCCUCAUUUCAAUGGUUAGUCUGUUCAUUUUCCCUUUUGCCACUUUCUUCAUUUUCUGUUCAGUAGGUCUGACUAGGAAUUUUCUUGGAUGUAACAGCUUACUUGGCAGUAAAUGCAAUUAGGCCACGGAAGCUCUCUAUUGUUGCAGUUGCUCGAAGUGCAAUAACGUUGCCUAGCAAUUACAAGGGAGACAAAUCACCAUUGUCCAAUUCUUCGGAACCUGCUUCUAUGGUUGAUAAGCCUGAAACCGCGGGGGCCAGGAAGAAGAGCCUAAAGAAGUAUCGGUAUAUGAUGAAGGUUGAAUUCGUGUGUGUAACAAGCUAAUUGAAGUCUUCAUGGUGGAUGACCACUCCAACUGACUGGAGAAGGUUGCUUACUUUUAAUAGGGAAAGGGACAUUUCUACAGGCGUUGCCAGGAACGAGCAGAUAAUGAGGCUGUCCUGGGAUGAAGCAUAUUUCAGUCAGGCUUUCGAGGAAGCUUAAAGAGGUGGGUCCCCCCUGCUUCUCAUAAUUGUUAUAAUCUGAGAUAUAUUGGUUUCAUGAAGCAUAUCCUUUCCUAUUCUGGUUCCUAUUUUGAGAUUUGUUCUGAAGAGAACACUAUGCUUUAAUUGUCAUGAUAAUUCACUAAAAUAUGCUUGUUUACUAAAUAAAAUUUCCUACAUUAGCUCAAUUCAUCAUUUGAGUUCCGUUUAACUUAUGACAGAUUGAUGAAGAUUUGCAGCGGCAAAAUGAGCUUCUGGCAGCUAUCAGGAAGGCGCCAGCUGAGCAUAGUGAGAUUAUUUCUAGGCGGCGGAUGGAUUUUACUAAGAGAAUUUUUUGCGCGUUUAUAUACUGUGUUGUACAGUCAUAUCAAGAUGACAAAGCUGAACAGAAUGGUGCGUCUGAAUUCUCUUAUGCUUUAUUCUGUUGCUUGUGAGGGCAUUGCAUUUUCAUUCAAGAAUAAAAAUAUUCUGAUUUCUUACCUGCAGAAGUCUGCUUCAAAGUCCUACUCUGGUGAAUACUUUGACAAGUUCAAUCAAAUUGUUAGCUCAAGCAUUAUGGAUCACGUUGCUCUAUAAGAACACGUUACAUGGUUCUAACCAUGAAUUUGAUCCUCUAAUUAACCGUAUGCAUUUCAUAUACUAUAUUAUGCUUAUUUUGCUCAUUGACCAAGUUCACAAGCUUCUACAUUUAGGCAUACCAUGAGCUUUAUCUUGAUUGUUGGCCAUCCACUUUGAAGUGUGAUUGUGUUUGCAUGGAACUAUCUUAUGCAAUUUAUUAUUUCUAUCUUGACACUGAGUUGUUUAAUUCUUGGAAUUUGGCCAGCCUGGGAAAAACUGGGAAUGACUGUAGCUGUUGUAAAAGCCUAUGAUAAUGCAAAAAGAAAUUUAUGCCGCAGACCUGAAGUUGCAAAACAUUAUCGAUUCCCCUUCUUUAGAUGCUGCAUGCCGGAAAAUAGAUGAUUUUGGCACAAAAAAAAAAAAAGAUAAAUCAACUGGAUUCAGCAUUGGUAUUGAUGCCCAGUAAAGCCUGGUGGGAUGCUAAGGAGACCAAUAUGACUAAAAAUGAGGUAUAACUGUCUUUUUCUGCAGUGAAAGUCUCUUUCUGGUGUAUGCCUAUCAAGUUCCAACUGGAACAUUAUGCUUUGCUGAGCUGAUAUGUUUGGCCGUGCUGGUAAGUUGAAUGAAAGCAUAUUGUGUCUGGGUGACAUUGCUUGGUGCCUCCCGCGUCCAUGGCAAUGUUGAACUUGCUGCUAAAUGGCUUAACAUUACAUGCUUGAGUUAGAAGAUCCACCGAACAAACCCGGAUACUAUGUAAUGUACUCCUUGCAAAUGUUCGUGUUGAUGGUAGUCAAUGAUAAAGCGCGCCUGAGAUAAGAAACAAUUGAUGAAAGAAAGAGGAGUUCAGAAAGUGCCGGGUCACAGCUGGGUUGAUGUCGACAAAAGCAACUCAUAUGUUUGUUGCUUGUGAUGGAAGCCACCCCGAGUCUGCUGAGAUUUUCAUUGUUGGAGACUCUCCUUAUUCACUGAGAUUUUCAGUGAUGUUUUAGCCGCUUCUUUAACUUUGGUUUGAUGAGCUAAUGAUUUGACUUGUAUACCAACCAACUUCCUUGCAGGUGGAAUCAUGACAAAGACAAAAACAUUUUAGUCCCUUCAUAAUUACAUUUUUAUGCCUCGCCGUACGUUGCCGACUAUGCAUCUAAAAUUCGAUACAUCAAAUCAAUUAAACAUUGAACA